AUGGCGACGGACCGCAUCAGUCAGAUGCAGUCGAUGCUGCACGACCUGGCCAAGCAUGCCUACGAUGCGGUUGGUGUGCUGCACACUGAGAGCAGAAGCACGGAUGCGCGUCGGCGGGAGCUCCAUGGGCAUUUCAGCUUUCUCUUUGCACAAACAGUGAAGGACUUUGCUGCCUUUACACACCACCUGCCGCACAUCCAUCAAUCCGAGGCUCACUUCGCCAGCGAUCUGCGUGAGCUCCAGGAGCAGAGCCAAGGGGCAACGCAGCGCUUACAGGCCACCCUCCGUGAGGCUGAGCAACGCAGCGCUGAUCUACAUAGUCUUAUCCAUCACGUCUCGAGUCAGGUCUUCCUCGACGAAAUGCCACCCAACCAGGCUCCGCCACCGCGAGUAUCGGCAAGUGUUGCUCGAGCUGGAGACCCCGAAACCAAUUCGGCCACCGCCACCGAGGCCACCGCCACCGAGGCGACCGCGUCUGCCCAAGACAGGGCUGCUGAAGGCAUAGAAUCUGGUGCCAACAAAUCGCAAACCGCGUCGCCUGGUAGCCGGACUGAGGCGCUCUCAACAGAGGAACCUAGUGUGGUCAUGGCUGAUGCGCUUCCCACUGACGCGUCCGCUGGCGAGAGUGCCAGCUCAACGCCGACGACCGAGCGACGGUCCACCCGCACCGGAGGGCGCGGGCGGACACGCAGCAGUUACGCAGCAGGACCAGAAAAUGGAGUCGAGGACGAUCCAGCCCCGCGACCAAAACGGACCCGGCGUUCAACAUCGCGUGCGUGA